AUGGUUAUAACCCUUCUCCAAGUCUACACAGAGUUGGCUGCCUGUUCCACUGCCAGUUUUCAACAGAACACUCAAACCUCAUCAAAAUUCAAGGACAUCAUCUUGAAAUGUGAUGAGAUCCAAAAGGAAUCUCCUGCCCGCUACAGACUGAUAACAAAGACAGACAACAUUGGGACUCUAAGAAGAGUAACCUUUGGUGAAAAAAAUCCAAACAAGGUCAACAAAACCAUCUUACUUGUUGGUGAAACAGGAGCAGAAAAAUCUACUCUGAUCAACACUCUGCUCAACUACAGCAUGGGAGUGAAGUUUGAAGACGACAUCUGGUUUCAGAUCGUAGAGGAAGAGAAGAGAAGUCAGUCAGAAAGUCAGACAUCAGAUGUGAUCGUGUACGAGAUCUUUGACUUUAAAGGUAAAACUCUGCCCUACUCUCUGACCAUCAUCGAUACUCCUGGAUAUGGACACACCAAAGAAGUAGGGCGUGAUGUUAUUGUCACUCAAAGAUUAUUUGACUUGUUCCGCUCAAAAAAGGGAGUUCAUGAAAUUGAUGCAGUGGGUCUGGUGGUGAAAGCAAGUGAAUGUCGACUGAGUGACGACCGGACUCGAUCAAUGAGAGGAAUGAGUCAGUUUACAGAGUUUCUGGGAAAAUUAGGACCUCAAAAACUGCAGGAAACACUGGAAGUUCUGAGAGAGCGAAUCAGACUGACAGCCUGCAUCCAAAACCUGCAAGACAGAAUCAACUUGAUCGAACUGAAACACAGAGAGAUCGAGCAGACACAGAGUGCACUGAAGAAAUAUGAACAACAGAUGAAGUUGAACAAAGAGUUCACUCUUGAGGAGGCCUAUGAGCAUGUUGACAGACUUAAUCAGAUCGCCCUGAAUGUGGAUUCACUGUCAACUUAUGUCCACUAUGACUUCCUGAUUGAGAAGAUGAAGGAGAAAGGAGACACAGAGAAGGUCCAGAAACUGGAGGAGAAGACGCAUCGACUAGAUGAAAUGAUCAGGACCGGAGCACAGUACACUUAUGAAAGAAUCUGUAAAAUAUUCAAAGGAAACAAAAACAACAGAAGCAAUACUGAGGUUUAAACUCCAUAAUACUCAUGUUUGUAAUGAACAAAUCUGCAGCACAUGAUCUACAUCUAAUGCCAACAGCUGGUGCCAAAGCAUCACUAAUUUGGCUAAAUGCUUCAGUUACCAAACAUUAGUAAUAUAUGUACAAUCAAAAUACAACACUUAAAAAUCACUGGCAGUGGAUGCUGAAAAACAUUGCCAGUGAACAUAUUCUGGUGUUUUGUAUAUUUUCAGUUUGUCCAGAACACCUGUUUGAUGGUGGUGGUGUCUGAUGAGACAGAAAUGUUGGAAACAAAUAGUUAAACGUAAAACAAGUGUUAAUUAUGUGUAAUUUUUAGAUCUGGUGAGAUGUUUACUGAAACUGAAUCAGUGUAAUUUUCUUUGAGUGUGUACAGGGUUUUGUGCAGCCAUGAAUCAUUAAAGAAUAUCCAGUUUACAUUGAUGAAUACAGUGUUUCUCUUGUUAACAAGUUAAAAACAAUAUAAUGUGUAAGAUUUCUCUAACAUGUAUUAUUGUGUAAAUAUCUGCUAUGCAACCAUAGGGCUUAGGUUUGAUAGCAUUUUAUUCAAUUUGAAUUUUUUAAGAUUCACUUGUGUAAACUGUUUGGGUUCAGAUUUGAACAUCAGUGCACCUCAAUUAUUCAACUGAUGACUGUUCUUUUUAUUUCUAAGGGAAGCAGAUACAGCUUGGAGUGCAACUCUGACUUGAAAAUGAAGCAUGUGGGUGAAAUUAAGACUAAAAUCACAGCUGGAGUUUACAGACUUUUACACCUUAAUAAUAGCCAGCUAUUCUAUUUCAUCCUACCUAAAAACUUGACACAAUGUGCAGAGUGAACAUUAACCAGACAGACACUUUGGCCUCAUUAAAUCUGGGACCAGAUUCAAAAUGAAACUACCUGUCAGAAUCCAAAACAAAUCUGCAAUUCAAUAAUCAAAUUGAUGGUUUGUGUAAAAAUAAAAGCUACAGAGUUAAAAAACCAAAC